CUCGCACCCGCGCCUCCCGGGACUCGCGGACCGCACAGACCGGCCAGGCGCGCUGGGCAUGCUCAGUCGCGGGGCGCCAGGCUCGCCAGUCGGAAGCCAGUGCUCAGCGGAGCCGGCCGGGGCGCACCGAGAGCGCGCGGCACUCGCUGCUGCAGCGGCGGCCCGGCCGCGGCGCAUCCGGGCGGGGACCCGAGGCGAGUCCCACGCGGCGUCCCCGAGCCGCCGGCAGCGGCGCCCGCUCCAGAAAGGCAAAGCGAACCAGGGGCCACCGGCGCGACUGGCGUCUGCGAAGCGCUGACGCUCCGCGGCGGCCACCUCAGAGUCGCCGCCCGCCCCGGCCGGGCCGGGUCCGGGAGCCGUCGGUCAUGGAGCCAUGGAAGCAGUGCGCUCAGUGGCUCAUCCACAGCAAGGUGCUGCCCCCCAACCAUCGGGUGACCUGGGACUCGGCGCAGGUGUUCGACCUGGCGCAGACCCUUCGCGAUGGAGUCCUGCUCUGCCAGCUGCUCAACAACCUGCGGCCACACUCCAUCAAUCUGAAGGAGAUCAACCUGAGGCCCCAGAUGUCCCAGUUUCUCUGUCUGAAGAACAUCCGGACAUUUCUGGCCGCCUGCUGCGAUACGUUUGGAAUGAGGAAAAGUGAACUUUUUGAGGCAUUUGACCUAUUUGAUGUUCGAGACUUUGGAAAGGUUAUAGAAACAUUAUCUCGGCUAUCCCGAACACCAAUAGCAUUGGCCACAGGAAUCAGGCCGUUCCCCACAGAAGAAAGUGUAAACGAUGAAGACAUCUACAAAGGCCUUCCUGACUUAAUAGAUGAAACCCGUGUGGAAGAUGAAGAAGACCUCUAUGACUGUGUGUACGGUGAGGAUGAAGGCGGAGAAGUCUAUGAAGACUUGAUGAAGGCGGAGGAAGCCCAGCAACCUAAAUCACAAGAAAAUGAUAUACGGAGUUGUUGCCUAGCAGAAAUUAGGCAGACAGAAGAAAAAUACACAGAAACAUUGGAGUCAAUAGAAAAAUAUUUCAUGGCACCACUGAAAAGAUUUCUGACGGCGGCGGAAUUUGAUUCAGUAUUUAUUAACAUUCCUGACCUUGUAAAAGUUCAUCGGAGCUUAAUGCAAGAGAUUCACGAUUCCAUUGUAAAUAAAGAUGACCAGAACUUGUAUCAAGUUUUUAUUAACUACAAGGAAAGAUUGGUUAUUUAUGGGCAGUACUGCAGUGGAGUGGAGUCAGCCAUCUCUAACCUAGACUACAUCUCUAAGACAAAAGAAGACGUCAAACUGAAAUUAGAGGAAUGUUCAAAAAGAGCCAAUAACGGGAAGUUUACUCUGCGCGAUUUGCUGGUCGUUCCAAUGCAGCGCGUGCUGAAGUACCACCUCCUCCUUCAGGAGCUGGUAAAACACACCCAUGACCCUAUGGAGAAGGCGAACCUGAAGCUGGCUCUGGAUGCAAUGAAGGACUUGGCACAAUAUGUGAAUGAAGUAAAAAGAGAUAAUGAGACCCUUCGUGAAAUUAAGCAGUUUCAGCUAUCUAUAGAGAAUUUGAACCAGCCAGUUUUGCUCUUUGGACGACCACAGGGAGACGGUGAAAUCCGAAUAACCACUCUGGACAAGCAUACAAAACAAGAAAGGCAUAUCUUCUUAUUCGACUUGGCAGUGAUUGUCUGCAAAAGGAAGGGCGAUAACUACGAGAUGAAGGAAAUAAUAGAUCUCCAGCAGUACAAGAUAGCCAACAACCCUACCACUGACAAAGAGAAUAAAAAGUGGUCUUAUGGCUUCUACCUCAUCCAUACCCAAGGGCAAAAUGGGUUAGAAUUUUAUUGCAAAACAAAAGAUUUAAAGAAAAAAUGGCUGGAACAGUUUGAAAUGGCUCUAUCCAACAUAAGGCCAGACUAUGCAGAUUCCAAUUUCCAUGAUUUCAAGAUGCACACCUUCACUCGGGUGACGUCCUGCAGGGUCUGCCAGAUGCUCCUGAGGGGAACAUUUUAUCAAGGCUACUUAUGUUUUAAGUGUGGAGCAAAAGCACAUAAAGAAUGUUUGGGAAGAGUAGACAAUUGUGGCAGAGUUAAUUCCGUUGAACAAGGGCCAUUCAAACCACCAGAGAAACGGACCAAUGGACUUCGGAGAGCUUCCAGACAAGUGGACCCAGGUUUGCCGAAGAUGCAGGUCAUUAGGAACUACACUGGCACCCCGGCCCCAGGGCUUCAUGAAGGACCACCAUUGCAUAUCCAGGCAGGCGACACUGUUGAACUUCUGAGAGGAGAUGCACACAGUGUGUUCUGGCAGGGACGAAACUUAGCUUCAGGAGAGGUUGGAUUUUUCCCAAGUGAUGCUGUCAAACCCUCUCCAUGUGUACCUAAACCAGUAGAUUAUUCUUGCCAACCCUGGUAUGCUGGCCCGAUGGAAAGAUUGCAGGCAGAAACCGAACUUAUUAACAGGGUGAAUAGUACUUACCUUGUAAGGCACAGGACCAAAGAGUCUGGAGAAUAUGCAAUUAGCAUUAAGUACAAUAAUGAAGCAAAACACAUCAAGAUUUUAACAAGAGAUGGCUUUUUUCACAUUGCAGAAAAUAGAAAAUUUAAAAGCUUAAUGGAACUUGUGGAGUACUACAAGCACCAUUCUCUCAAAGAAGGGUUCAGGACCUUAGAUACGACGCUACAGUUUCCAUACAAGGAGCCAGAACAGCCAGCUGGACAGAGGGGUAAUAGAACAGGCAACAGCUCCCCUCCUCUGUUCUGUGGCUUUUCUUUUGUCACUCCUCCAGACUACAGCUUUGUUCCCCCUUCUUCCACUCCUUUCUGGUCAGUGUUGAGUCCCAAAGUACUGGGCAUUGCAAUCGCUCGGUAUGACUUCUGUGCAAGAGAUAUGCGGGAGCUCUCCCUAUUGAAAGGAGACAUGGUGAAGAUUUACACGAAGAUGAGUGCAAAUGGCUGGUGGAGAGGGGAAGUAAAUGGCAGGGUGGGCUGGUUUCCAUCCACAUAUGUGGAAGAAGAUGAAUAAAGUCCUAUCCAGUGUUGAUCCUGCACUAAAAUCUCAAAGACAACAUAAGCAGAAGCCUGCACGACAUUGAGUUAACUGAAGUGUUUAAAAAGCAGCAUUCUUGGCUGUUCAACACCCUUUUUUUUCUCUUCCUAAGUCUUAAUGCUGGGAUUUCUAAAGAUGCUGGUACUGACAGAUUAAUGGCUCGCCUAGAGCAGUGCAAGAAACAGCCUGCCAGUCUGUCAUUGUCAGGAACCAGGGCAAAACCAAUGGCUUUUCUACCCCCAAAGAGUCCUGAAAACCCAUCAGUUCAGCUUUCUCUUACUUCAUUGGACCAGACACCAUGGAUCCAGCCAUUAGGAAAUGCUUUUUGCAUAUUUGCUUUGCUCUCACAGUUUUUGAUGAUACAAAGAAACAGAAGUUUAAUUUUGCUUUUUCCCAGCAUGAAGAAAAAGUAGAGUCUGCCAUAUGGGAAAGAUCCAGCUUGCUGGAAAGAUCCAGCAUUUCUCGUCUUAAAUUGUUCAACAGGUGACUCACUGCCUGACAAACCCUUUUAUCCCCAGAUGUUACUCAUGAUAACAUAAAAGAGGCUCAUGCUCAGGUUUGCAUCAUAAGUGAUAAAUUACAGAGAGGGUUUUAAUUAUUCAUUUGAUGUCCUGAUUAUAUUUCCACACUUCUUUAUGAAGAAGAAAAAGAGAAGCACAUGAAAGGAGGUGUCUUUGUGUUAAAGCUUCACAGCUUUCGUGAUUUCGUGGAGUGUUUUGGAAAUGUCGUGCUUGACAAAGGGAAUCAUGGCCGGGCAGAUCAUGCUUAGUUGUCAGGAAUCCCAGAGAGGUAGAGGUGUUUACAGAGACAGACCAAGCGCUGUAAUCAAUCCACAGGACAUCACUGUAUAGCUGCAAUAGCUAUUAACACAAGCCUUUUCCUUCUCUCUAGAAGGACCCGGGCAGAUUGCUGAUUUACAAUCUUUUUUUUUUUUAAUAGUAGCACAAAAGAGCUUUAUUGAGGAUUUGGGAAGAAAGGCAGCCCGAAUCCUUCAUUUCUUUCUGAGACGGAUGGAAGGGCACCUGAUGUCCAUAUUCUCCUGCCUCCUCUGUUGGCCCUUCUGAUGCCUUUCUAGCUAUGUCUUAAUCAGUAGGAAGAUCCACCUUGCAGCAUGUUUCUUUCUCUAAGCUUUCACUGUGUUCCAUGAGGAGUCUUCAGUAUCUUCCUCCUGAGAUGCAUGGGGUCCCUAGCUGAGGCUGACAACUCGGCCCUUCCAUGGUGGAGUGUUUCUUUGGUAGCAGUAGCUGUGUUCUGACAAGCUUCUGAAAAUGUUUCUUCUUGGGAAAAAAAAUAGAUGUAUUUUUAUCUUACAAGUGAUCUAGAAGCUUCUCUUCUACCAGACUAUUUUGGUCACCUCUUACAUGUAAGGGCUGAGACAACCUGUUCUCUCCCAUCUCACAGGAGUACCAGAACCUGUUUGCUGGACACAUCUCCCUGGAAGAGACCCCAUGCGGGCUAGGACUUCUCAUUUAAAUAGACUCAAGACCUUUACCUCAGAAUUAUGUAAACUGUGAUUGUGUUUUAGAACAAUUGAGCUUUUGUAUAUGUGUAAAUGGUCAGGAAAAUGUAUUUUAUAAAAUGUCUGUAGAGUCAACUUGUGCUGGCAAGGUCUACUCUUGGAAUGGAUUCCUACCUAUAAGGUCUUAUCUGUGUCUUGGGGAUGUUUUGUCUGUUCGUGCCAGCAAGUGUUGCUAUGGAGAGUACAGCUUCCCACAGAUUGUAACACUCCUGUGUACAGUAUUGUAGCAUGUAUUGUUUAUUUCAGUCAAUAGACUCCCUGCCUCACAAAUGGUAUGUGGUCUUCCUGUUGCAUUUCAUUGGCCUCAGAGUUUCAUAGCAGAGGAUACAGAGCCUCUUUUCAUGACAUUACCAAUGACAACUUUGUCUACAUUUAAUACUUUAUAUUGGAGAUUUUAAAUGCCAUGAUCUGUGUAGAUUUCUAAUACCAAAGACAGACAUAAAUGUUUUCCAUAGACUUUGUCUUGCCUGUCUGUAGCCCUUGUGUCAUAUGGUGAGUUAGAAUGGCAUUUUACUUUGUAAUAUUUUGUAAAUAUGUCAAUAAAAUAGUUACUACUUGCA